AUUAGGAGCGAGUUUUUCGCUGAAGUUACGUGGCAAUUGAGAUGCUGGGUGUUCGAUUAGGACUGGGAAGACGAUGCUGGACCAGUAUUUCCUGUCUGCGAAGAAAUCUGACGUCGCAGAGCGGGGUGGCGCCUACUGCGCAGCGGGAAUGGAAAACAGGUAGGAUUGUCCUAGGCACGACCGGAACUUUGCUUCUGGGAGCGAUCGGGUACGAUGGUGUGGUGAACGAACUGGAAAAUGUGCAGAGUGCGCAGCGGUUCCUUCGAUCCCUGGCGAUUGGGGUCUGCAUAUCGGCCGAUUAUACCUGGAGUCUUUGGGGACUGUCUGAUGAGGAUCCGAAAUACGAGCUGAUCAUGUCUCAGGUUCACCAAAGAGCGGCCGAUAGGAUAUUGAACGGAUGUUUAGUUAAUGGAGGUCUGUAUAUAAAGAUGGGCCAAGGAGUGGCGGCUAUGAACCACAUCAUUCCCAAGGAGUACGUGCGGACGUUGAAGAAACUGGAGGACAAGUGUCUGCCGCGGAAAGCAGGGGAGGUGAGGAAGCUGUUCGUGGAGGAUUUCGGGAAGACACCGGAAGAAGUAUUCCAAACGUUCGAGUAUGAACCUAUAGCUGCAGCGAGUUUGGCUCAGGUUUUCCUAGGAACGACCAAGGAAGGCCGGAAGGUCGCCAUCAAGGUUCAGUACGCGGAUUUGAGGAAACGGUUCGACGGCGAUUUGAGAACGAUUCUCUUCCUGCAAGACAUGCUUGCGCUGAUGCACAAAAACUACAACUUUGGAUGGAUCAUUCGGGAUCUUCAGGGAACCCUGCGGGAAGAGCUGGACUUUACCCAUGAGGGAAGAAAUUCGGAACGAUGUGCCGAGGAUUUGAAGAAGCAUGACUCCAUCUACGUUCCCAAAGUCCUGUGGGAAUACACCAAUAAGCGUGUCCUAACGGCGGAAUUCAUCGAUGGAUGCAAAAUUAACGAUUCCGAGGGCUUGAAAAACCUCAAAGUCAAUCUGGCCAAGCUGGACGUCAACCUAUUCCGAGCCUUCGCCGAUCAAAUCUUCCGAACCGGUUUCGUCCACGCCGAUCCACAUCCGGGAAAUGUCUUCGUUAGGCGAGACCCAACCUCGGGGCGACCACAGCUCGUUCUACUGGAUCACGGCCUCUACGGGAAACUUACUCCGGAGGUUCGUGCUAACCUGUGCCGCUUUUGGGAAGCUAUCGUUCUGAAAGACCACGCAGAAAUGGCCAAAAUCGCCCGGGCUUUGAACGUCCAAGACUACCGGACCUUUGCGGAGAUUUUGCUGCAACGCCCGCUGGAGCUCAAGGGAUCCAAACUGACCACCCGCCUGUCGGAAGACGACCUGGACUACAUGACACGCCAGGCCAAGGAACAUUUUGACAAGGUGAUGCAAACGUUGAGGAGUAUGCCUCGGAAUCUGAUUUUCGUGCUGAGAAAUUUGAACACGAUCCGGGCGAUUGCCCGGGAGCACGGCGAUCCGGUGGAUCGGCCGAAGGUGAUGGCACGCUGUGCCAUCGCCGCGUUGAGACAGACCAACCGCGGUAUUACGGGCUUUUUCCGGUCGAUUUUCCGGAGGAUCAACUUCGAGUAUCAACUGUGGAAAUGUUCAUUCCAAUUUUGGCUAGUGAGUUCCUAUCUAAAGCUGUUGACCCGCCUUGGUCGCUCGCCGGAUACGUCGCAUCUACUGGAUGUGCAGGUGGAGGUGUAAAUAGUAGAUAACGCUCUUAAAG